CGGACGCCUUCCCUCUCCUCGCCUCUCCCCUCCCCCCUCCCAUCCCCACCCCCUCGGCCGCUCUGCUCCCUGGCGUGACUCGGCACUGAGAGCCCCGGGAGAAGACGCCGCGGUCGCCACCUCCUCUGUCCAGGCCUCGGCCUUCCUGAGCCUCCCGCCUUCCUCUCCCGGGUCUUCUCUUUCAGUUUUGAAGCCGGUGGCGUCGCGGCCGCCCUGCCGGACUCUCUGAGAAUGGUGGGUGUGAAGCCGGUCGGGAGUGACCCGGAUUUCCAGCCGGAGCUGAGCGGCGCGGGCUCCAGACUCGCCGUGGUCAAGUUCACCAUGCGAGGGUGUGGACCGUGUUUAAGGAUUGCCCCAGCAUUCAGUUCUAUGAGUAAUAAGUAUCCACAAGCAGUUUUCUUGGAAGUAGAUGUACAUCAGUGUCAGGGAACAGCUGCCACCAACAAUAUAUCAGCAACACCUACAUUUCUGUUUUUUCGAAACAAAGUGAGAAUUGAUCAGUAUCAAGGAGCAGAUGCUGUGGGACUAGAGGAAAAAAUCAAGCAGCACUUAGAAAAUGACCCUGGAAGCAAUGAGGACACAGAUAUUCCAAAAGGCUAUAUGGAUUUAAUGCCUUUUAUUAACAAAGCUGGCUGUGAAUGUCUUAAUGAAAGUGACGAGCAUGGAUUUGACAACUGUUUACGAAAAGACAUGACCUUCUUGGAAUCUGAUUGUGAUGAACAGCUGCUUAUUACUGUGGCAUUCAAUCAGCCUGUAAAGCUUUAUUCAAUGAAAUUUCAAGGGCCAGAUAAUGGUCAGGGUCCUAAAUACGUAAAAAUUUUUAUCAAUCUACCCCGAUCGAUGGAUUUUGAAGAGGCAGAAAGAAGUGAACCAACUCAAGCUCUGGAACUAACAGAGGAUGAUAUUAAAGAAGAUGGUAUUGUCCCACUUCGUUAUGUUAAGUUUCAGAACGUUAACAGUGUAACGAUAUUUGUUCAGUCCAAUCAAGGUGAAGAAGAAACAACAAGAAUUUCGUAUUUUACUUUUAUUGGGACUCCAGUCCAGGCAACAAAUAUGAAUGACUUCAAACGACUUUUUUAAUCCAACUCAAAUGAACUAAAAACAGAAGAUUUUUAAAAAUGAAGUAAUAUAAAGAUUGACCUUAUCUCACUCUACUCCCCUCAUUGCUUCUCUGCUCAUCUAGCACCUGUCUGCUCUCACCCUUCCCAUGUUCUCACCAUUGUUGGGGCAAGAUUUCUACAGCUUCUAUCAUCUGGAUCAGCCUUCUUGUUACCUAGAUUUCCUCAAUCAUCUCUUUCUUCAGCUCUCAUUCUAGUCAUGUUUCUCAGUUGGCCUUUUGUUUUGUUUUGAUUUUUGUUCUGGGCUUGCAACUAGAUGCUUUAAUUUCAUUACCAUAUCAGGUUGCUCACUGAACUUUUUGUUAUUUUUUUUUUACUUUCUCCUGUAUCAUAUAUAAUUUUGUAUUACAUUUUGAGAAAUAAUAUUGCAGUAAAAUUUAUUGUUAUAAAUGUUUUUAGAUUUAACUAGUUGGAUAAUGUUUUAAUCUGAGUUAAAGUUUAAAUUUUAUUUUUUAGGAACCAUAGAAUCAUUUUGGAUAUCAAAUAUGAGCAGUUUCAUCUUUUAUAUCAGUACUAGUGUAAUAUAUUGAUUAGGCUGAAGUUGAGAGACAUGGGUUUUCUUUUCUCAUUGGAACUGUAGCUCCAAAAUCUUUUUGCUGGUUAAUCUUGGCGUGUCCUCUGCUCUGCCAACGCAAGUGAGUUCAAGGCCAGUUGAAAGACUUAUGGACUGAAUGUUAGGCUGGGUUAAAUAUUAACAUAGAAGAUCAAUGGACUCUUUACUGAAUAAAUAUUUUGAGACCUAAUUUUGAUGUACCAAAAUUUUUGUUUGAGGUGUAAUAUAUAAAGACUUAAAAAUGAAUAAAAGAGCUUUACUUUUGGGGUGAGAAACUCCAUAUUGGAAUGCUGAAUUUCUUCUUUU